UAUCUUAAAAGUUAUUCUAUUAAAGAUAAAUUCGAAGAACUUUCGGUAAAAUAUGACACUGUUAUGAAAGAUUUGAAUUUUACUUUGGCUGUCUCAAACGAAGAACAGAGACGAUAUGAUAAUGAAUGUUUAAUGGAUGAUGUUGCUGAAAUGAAAGAAUUUCUUCAAAACAUUGAUGGUGGUGUCAUAAAUACCAAUCAAAUGAUGAACACUGUUAUUGAAGAAUUAAGACUUAUGAGAAUAAGCUUAGAAAGUGGAAAGGGACCAGUGACAAAGCCUAAACAGAUAGCUCAAAGCGAUUUAACGGACCCUUUGAUUGCAGAUGAUUCCGAUUUUCGUGGUUCUAAUAAAAAAAUUGUAAGAAAAAGUUAUAAAACUACUAUAAAUGUUGCCUGUAUACCUUUUGUAUUAAAUGAAAUGGAUCAAGAAGGAUACGACCGAAAGGACAAACAGCUUGUCAUUUUAUCUAAAUUGUCUGAAUGUACGAAUAUACUUAAAUUUUAUGGAUUGGCGAAUUUAGAUGGUUUAAAUCAUUUAGUAGUGGAAUGGGCACAAUAUGGGACUUUGAGAGAGACUUACGAAGCGUAUGAUAUUCCUUGGACUAGAAAAUUACAUAUUGCAACUGAUAUAUGUCGGGCAAUCACUUUCUUACACUCUGCAGAAAUUUAUCAUCAUGAUUUACGAUGCGAGAAUGUUAUGUUGACGGAUCAUUUAGAACCGAAACUUGCAAACUUUGAAUAUGCACGCGGAGCAUCUGGCACAACUUCUUCAAUUGGUGACUUAAUGAGAAUAGUUCAUUGGUUAGCUCCUGAAAAAAUGAUCGAUAAAAACACUCGAUAUACUGCUAAAUGUGAAAUUUUCAGCUUUGGAAUGCUACUUUGGGAGUUAACGUUUGAAGUAAGUCCAUAUCAAGGAUGGGACAUGGAUAAAGUACAAGCACAUGUCCUUCAAGGCAAGAGAGAAAAAAUUACAUUUGGACCCGCCGCUAAUGAACGAGAAUCAGAUAUUCAAAAGUGUUUAGAAUAUGUUAUAAGAGAAGCGUGGAAACAAAAGCCUCAAUGUAGAAUUUCGCUUCUAAACCUGUUUAACACACUUGAACGAUUACAAACCAAAUAUAAAAAUGUGGUGGAACAAGAGUUAGGUUUACUUCCACAAAAGACUUUGGACUUAGAUGGUACAGGUACUCCUAUAUUUAGCGAUGCAGAUGCUGAAGGGGAAGGAAUGGAACUACCUGAAUGCGAAAAUUUCACGCUUGAUUUUGAAAUAGAUACAAUGAUAACACUUGAAGAAGGUAUAAAGGCGCAUAAAAACCGUGAUUAUGACAAAGCUUGGAAAUGCUUUGAAUAUCAUGCAUUAAAUGGAAGCGCAUACGCGAAACAUUGGAUGGGUUAUUAUUUAUGGGAAGGGAGAUCUGUUGAAAAAAAUCAGGAAGAGGCUGCUAGAUUAUUUAAAGAAGCAGCUGAUAAAGGUAUUCAUGACGCACAACUUCGUUAUGCAUUCACACUUCAAAAGAGCUUAGGUAAGAAAAAGGAACGUGAUGAAUUUAUUAAAUAUUUAACGUUGGCAGCUGACGGUGGAAAUAGUACCGCUCAAUUUAAUUUGGGGGACGCUUAUACAAACGGAAAAUUAAACAUACCAAAAGAUGAGAAAAAGGGACUUCACUAUUUGAAAUUAUCCGCUUUGCAAAGUCAUCCAAAUGCGGUUAAAUUGUUAGGAAAAAUGAAAGUAGAUUUUAAUAAUGAAGAAUCAACCUAAAAACAUUGAUUAGUAAAUUAUAUAUAUUAAUUGUACCCAUUUUUAUUUAUUUGUAAAUUGAAAUAAAAUAUAUAAAAAAUUUUCUUGAA